CCCGUAGCACACAGUUCCACUCCCUUUCCUCUCCUCGCCUUGCCAGUCCCCUCUCCUCUCUCUCUCUAACCAUGAGUAUCAGCAUCGACGACUACCAGUUACCCUACGACACCCACAACCUCUACGACGUCAACUUCUACCACAACAAGAUCCACACCCUGGUGACCCACACCCCGUCCUUCGUCGACUCCUGGAUCUCCGAAACCCUAUCCCUCCAUACCCCCGACCCCUUCCGCGCCCCUUCCCUCCUCGUCGGCCUCGACAUCGAGUGGCGCCCCAACCGCGCCUCCAACCACGACAACCCCGCCGCCACCCUCCAGCUUUGCGUCGACCAACGCUGCCUCAUCUUCCAACUCAUAUACUCCCCCUCAAUCCCUGGCUCCCUCAUCGACUUCCUCACAAACCCCGCCCACACCUUCGUCGGCGUGGGCAUCCAAGAAGACGUCGAGAAGCUGACGGGCGACUACGGUCUGACGGUGGCGAAUGCCGUUGACUUGAGGGUGCUGGCAGCGGACGCUUACGGCGCGAGAGAGUUGAGGAAUGCCGGGUUGACGAUUCUGGCGAGGCAGGUGUUGGGAGCGGAGGUUGUGAAGCCCAAGAGUGUUACGAUGAGUAGGUGGGAUAGUGAGUUUCUUUACCCUAAACAGGUGCAGUAUGCUUGCAUUGAUGCUUUUGUUUCUUUUGAGAUUGGUAGGAGCUUGAAUGCUGCUGGUAGUUAGGUAUUUGGGUUUUAAUCUGUUAAUGGAAUUGGGUAAUGGAAAAGGGGGUUUGUGGGUUUCGUGAAUAGGGUUGUUUUUUUGGGUUGGAUUUCGGGAUGAUUUGUGGUUAUGAUUGAUGGAUUUGGAUGGUUGGAUUUCUGGUGAAUGUUGAAGCUACAGUAUAUGUGGAGAACUUAUGACUGGUUUUCAUUUGGAAACUUUGUGUUAUACUGUUAUGUUAGGUCAUUUUUUGAUCCACAUUAUAUGAGCAUGAUUUCUGGUGCA